AGGGAACUGAGGCGCAGAGAAAUGAAGUGACUUGCCCAAGGUCACACGGCAGAUAAGUGGCGGAGCUGGGAUCCUGCCUAUUACAAGAGCAGUAGAAUAUGGGAAGAAUCUCUGCAAAUGGGCCCCCUCUGCAAUUUUGCCCUUCUGGGAAGAUGAUUGAGCCAGGGUGAGGUAAGAUCUCUUCCCCACUCCUGUCACGCCGUAGAACUUCAAGGCGCCAGAUGAGUGCACGCCUAAUGGAAAACAUGGCUGAGGGACCGCCAGAAAUCAAUGAGGAAAGUAUCAGUGAGCUGUGUCGCAUCCUGAAGCACCUAGAGAAACAAAUGAGCAGAGAAGAGCUGCAACGUCUACUUGCCACAGACCAGUCUUGGGAGCGCCUGAUGACCAACUACAAUUUGGACAGAAACGAGGUGAAUGUGCUGUUCACUGCCAUCUUUGAUGUGAAAAGGGAAAUUUCUGGCAUUUUAGAAGAACUGGAUAGAUGGAAAAUUACAGCAAAAGAGCAGAUCGUGAAGUUUAAUGAUGCUGCAGACUGCAUUGACCAAACCCACAAGUACUGCACCAUAGCCAAAGGGGUGGCCACCGCAACCAGUGUCAUCUCUGUUGGUCUGUCUGCCUAUACCAGAGGGAAUGGGAUGCUUACGGCAAUAAAAACAGGUUUAGAGGCAUCAGCAGCCAUCGCAAGUUGUAUAAGUGAUGUCUUUGAUGAGGCAAGGUGUUCAAUUGCCAAGAAGCAAGCCAUCAUGAAGGACAAUAUUAACCAUGAGCUCAUUCUAGAGGAGGUGAAACAAGCUUUGACUAAUCAGAUGUUUCAAAUUGGUUCCAUUUUUCAACCUAUGGAGCGUUUCAUCAAGUCUGUGAUGGCCAUCUCUAAAGCCAUAGCUGAUCCUCGGCGUAUAUCCAAUGCCCAGCAGCACUCCACAAUGGGAAACGCCGCCCAAACAGGAGCCAGGCAGAAAAGGCGAGUGCAGAAGGCCUCUCGGAGAACUGCUCAGGCUACAUCCAAAGAAGUCCUGGUAGAAAAAGGGUUCAAUAAAGUUGAGAUUCUGAGAAAUUUCAUCACCGCUUUUCAGAAAUUUCAACAUGUGAGCCAAGGGGCCCGGGCAAAGACAGUAAGAGAGUUGAGGGAGAUGGCCAGUCAGCUGAGCCAACGCCUUGAAGAUGUUGGUGAUAUCUGUGAGACCUUGAGAUGGGUGCAGAGCCUCAAGUCACUGAUCCCCACUGGCAAUUGGGCAAGCGAGACUCCAUGGAUCUACCAGGUUGGAAGAACGAAGACAGAUAUCAUCUUUGAGAUAGCAAGUAGUAUGCUUAGGGGGGCGUUUUUGAAAAUUCUAAGUAUUUUAGGACUGGGGAAAAGGAUAUAGGCAAGCAGUUGUUUGGGAAGCUUGAGGCAGAGAAGGGAAAGUUAUUUUUGUUAUCAAAAAGAUUCAAAUUGGAGAGGGAUCUAAUUUGCUGGAUUUGAUGAGGGGGUGGGAUGGGAAAGGAAGAAAACUUAUCCACUCUUGUGCCUUCCAACCCCACCAACAAGAUCCUCAGCAGUACUAGGGAGGACUGGGCUCCCAUGAAUGGGGCGAAGGAGACAAAUGCCACUAAGGGAAGGGAAGGAGUGAACUAUGUACUGAGGGGCCUUUCACUUCCGCAAUGGUAAUGACAUCUUGGCCUCCCUUGGAAAAAAAAGCCCUUUGAUAUUUAGAUUCCAAAUAUACAACAGUGGUUUGCAAUACGCUCCCUUCAAUCCAUCAGUUGUAUCUGUUGAGCACUUACUGUGUGCAGAACACUAUACUAAGCAACUGGGAGAGUACAAUA